AUGCUAGAUGGCUCGGUAUAUAUUGAUUUAGCAAGUGUUGAAGAUGCGUCGAGAGCUGCAUCUCGCUGUAACAGGCAGCAGCUGGGAAAUAACUGUAUUUUAGUCACUGCAAUCACUCGUGAGCAAAUGGUAGAAGGCCUUGAAAAGAAAGUGGCGUUUAAUGAACAGGUAACUAUAUGCUAUUUGAACUGUGAUUAG